AUGUCGUCCAUAUUGCAGCACGUCGCAUGGCUGCUUCCGUUCGUUAGCCUUGUUGUCGCCAACUUUACUUCACAUGAGAUCGCAUCCUGGAACAGACCUCGCGCUGCCCUCAUCAGGGACAAUGUCUACAUCGAAGGUGGUUGGAUACAGACCGGGAAUUGGACAAACGGGGAAUGGGAUACGAAGACGUUGGAAACCGUCAACCCGACCGAUGGCCAGCUAUUCAAGCUCAGCAUGAAUCAAUCGUUUGACAUCAACGACAACCCAGCAUUAUUCGAGACGAUUCCCGAGUUUGCGGUGCAGAACUUUUAUAUGGAUGGCUACAUGUUCGCCGACUACAAUGAAUUCUAUGCAUGGGGCGGCAUGGUCCUCACUUCUCUGGACACCAAAGACCGCACUGUAAGCCUCCCGUUGUAUGAUGCGCCCGAGGCCUCCAACAUCAACCUCGGCGUGCCGAACCUCAACUACGAUCCUCAGGAUGGAACUUUCAUCUCGGUCACGAACGGUGCCGGAGCCAAUGCACCCAGUGAAGAAUCAGCCUUCUAUUUCGGCGGCUUGUACAAUGAAGAUGGCACCAAAUACUCGUACUUUGCUCCUCCGACAAAUCAGUCGGCCUGGUUGAUAACCGUUCGCAUGAACGACCUCGGUCAUGCCACUUGGAUCAAGGCACCUCUCCCCGAGAACAUCGCAUGGAGAGCUGAAGGCGGCCUGGUGUGGGUUCCCACCUCGACGCAGGGUAUUUUGAUUGCGAUCGGUGGCGUGGUCAAACCAGCGGACAUCAACUUCCAAGUCCCCCAGGAUAACGCCACGCAGUCACUCACGUUUUUGAAAGAAUUCCCAGUCUACGACAUCGGAUCGGAUCAAUGGAGCCUUCAACCGUUGAACCCGAGCUCUCAAGUUCCUCCAGCACCUCUUGCGCAAUUCUGCACCACUAUUGCUUCUAGUGCCGAUGGUUCACACCACGAAAUCUUCGUUUACGGUGGUUGGGACAGCAAUGGAGGCACUGCGAACGAAGACGUCUGGAUUUUGUCGGUGCCGUCAUUUACCUGGAUCAAGGCUGAGCCAUCUGGCCGGAAGGGCGCUGCAAGAACCAACCACGUUUGUGUUCAGCCGUACCCGGAUCAGAUGAUCGUCAUUGGAGGCACAGGAUCAAGCGAGACGCCUCCCACCUUCAAUAACAGCGUGGAUGUGUUCAAUCUCAACACCUUCACCUGGACCGGCACUUACGACCCGACCGUUCAUGACGACUACAAACCACACCAAGCUGUCCGUGAUGUUCUUUCUGCGACACCCACUGCCAGCAACAUGCCGAGCGCAGUUGCCGGUUGGUUCCAGGGGAAGUAUGACAUGACAAAGGUCAGAUCCUUCGGCCCAUUCGAGCUACAGAGUACUGCUGCGCCCACGAACACCAGCUCGCCCACAGCAACUCAAGCUCCUGCAUCUGGUGGUUCAGACCGCGAUUGGGUGAUUCCUGUUGCUGUUGUGGUUCCCGUCGUCGUUGUCGGAGCUCUCGUUGGCGUGCUUAUCUUCCUGUGUUGCCGCCGAGCAAGAAAGGCUCAGGCUCGCGCACAAGAAGACGGCGCCCAAUCCGAAAUGGCACACAACCGAAAGAGCUGGAUCGUCCCAUGGAUCUAUUCCACCUCCUCGCAUGCGCCUCCCAAGGACGUUGGGACAGAUCCGUCUGUCACCGAAGUUGAGCAAGGCUCUCACUCACCACGACCAAUGGCGCAAACGGCGCCUCAUGAGCUCGAAGGAGGCGGUGGUUACUUCAGGGGAAGUGAUGCUGGAGCCCCUCAAGAGCGGUGGUCGCAAUCCACACAGAUUCGUUCACCACGAUAUGAUUAUGCCGGUCCGGUGGAAGGUAUGAAUACUGAGGUGCAUGAGGUGGAGGGUUCGGCUCGCGUCUCGGGCCCUGAAGACAUCAACUAUGACAUCCGCAAUAUGGCCAUGUACCCUCCUAGCGUUGUCAGUGGAGGAGGCGUGGGUCAAUCUCAAGGAGUUCCCAGUUCCUCGGUGUCACAAUCCGGCGACUCCGUCACACCAGCAUCGCCACAAUCGCAUUCGGUGCUCACGAGCUCAGGAUUCGCACCAAUCCAUGAAGGGAAGAUAGCAGGUGGGGACGAGCACACCUCAACUGUGGGGAGAGCUAUCUCGCCCAUUGACUUGCGGCAAGACAGGCCCAUGCAUGAGCGCAAGGAGUCCGAUGUCAGUGACAUUGCUACUUCACCCCUCCCGUCGCCGAAGCCAGAAGCCUCCUGA